AUGGGAGAACCUUUUGUUGGAAAUCACAACGCUUCGUUCAGUCGCAUCAUUGCACUGUUGGUUGAACGCUCGGCGGCGGCGACGGCGGCGGUACAUUCAAAACAAGGGCGCAGGUGCCAAACUCGACAACUGCGACAUCCCGGAAAGCCGACCAUGUCUUUUUCGGUUUUCCUUGCCUCUACCAUCCACGGACCGAUCCAGCACGACGACAACACCCAUGGCACUCGUUCAUGGAUACUGCCCAAUCUCCAAUCAACAGUGUUUUGGCCUGCACCAACGACAGGGGCACCAACAGCUCGACCGAAGCAAUUCGCGACGAAGUACCCAAGGCACUCUGGUCAAUUGAAUGAAUGUGAUGAAUGA